UGAGGUUUUUUUUCUGACCUGUCAUUUCUUUCACAGACAACAUGCCAGUGUCAAGAAUGCGCAUGAGGCCCUGGCUGGAAAUGCAGAUUAAUUCCAACCAAAUACCAGGACUGAUAUGGAUUAACAAGGACAAGAUGAUGUUUCAAAUCCCGUGGAAACAUGCAGCUAAGCAUGGGUGGGACAUGGAGAAAGACGCCUGCCUGUUCCGGAGCUGGGCCAUUCAUACAGGAAGAUAUAAAGAGGGUGAGAAAAACCCUGACCCGAAGACCUGGAAGGCGAACUUCCGCUGUGCUAUGAAUUCCCUGCCUGACAUUGAAGAAGUGAAGGAUAAAAGCAUCAACAAAGGCUCCAGUGCUGUCAGGGUUUACAGGAUGCUGCCACCCUUGACAAAGGAUCAGAAGAAAGAAAGGAAGUCAAAGUCUUCAAGAGAGGCAAGAAACAGGAGCAAGAGAAAGCUGUAUGAAGACAUGAGGAUGGAGGAGUCGGCAGAAAGACUAACCACCACUCCCCUGCCAGAUGACCACAGCGGCUACACCGUUCAUGACUAUGCGGGGCAGGAAGUGGAGGUUGAGAGCACGUCCAUCACCUUAGACCUCUCCUCGUGCGAGGUGAGCGGCUCCCUGACCGACUGGAGGCCACCGAUGGAAAUCACCAUGGCUGACAGCACCAACGACCUCUACCAGCUUCAAGUGUCUCCCCUGGCUUCAUCCUCGGAAGAUGAAGAUGAAAUUAAUUCGGAGAUUUUUAAGCUGCUUGAACCAGCCCAGGACUGGCGUGCCACCAGUGUCGAGGGGAAAGGCUUUCUCACCAACGAGCCGGGCACGCAGACCCUGUACAGCACUUUCAGCUACAAGGAGCAGGACGGGGAGAUCGACACGACUUCAGGAGAGCCGGAGUUCAGGUUCUUUGACCAGAAAAGCAGCCUAGAGUUCUCCUGGCUGGAUACAGUGAGACCUACCAUGCAAGUCAUUCCCUGUGGCUUGUAAACCCCUGGCUUCCUCUGACCAUGAACUACUCUUGGGUAGAAAGUCUGACAAGCCUGAAGAGAAUGGAAGAAAUUGUUGUUACUGACUGAAAGAAGAAAGUAGCUUUUAUAUUCCGUUUAACAUUUAGGCCUGAAAAGGUUAGCAAGAAAAACUCCA